CAUAUUAAGCAACACCGCCAUCUAGUGGCAUUGCCUAGAAAGUGCAGCUUUCUAGCUGAAUUCUAAUUGGUUGUUCCACCAUUACGACAUUUUCCGGCAUAUGAGUUUCCCCGGGAAGGUUUGGCGCGUAAUCUGUUGUUUUGGUUUUCUCUUCGGAUUCAUUGAUAAAAUUGAUAUAUCGCAUCUCUAAAUCGUAUCGAUCAGAUGGCCCCGGUAUCAAAUCCAGAUAAAGACGCGGACGGCGGAGAUUACGAUGCUGCGGACAGUUGCGGCCUUGCUGCGUCCCGCUCCAGGCGAGAGAAGAGGGAGAAAGUUGGCCGCAAGUCUGCACUGGAGCAGCUCAAGAGAGCCAAGAAGGGGGAGAAAUUAAAGUAUGAGGUGGAGGAAAUCACCAGUGUGUAUGAGGAGGUGGAUGAGGAGCAGUACUCAAAGAUGGUGCGGGAGAGGCAAGAUGAUGACUGGAUUAUUGAUGAUGAUGGAACAGGAUACGUGGAGGAUGGCAGAGAAAUCUUUGAUGAAGAUCUGGAGGAUAAUGCUUCAGAAAAAGGCCCUAAAGGCAAACCAGGUAAAGGAGGGGAGUCAAAGGAUGGCAAGAAUGCUAAGAAAUUGGCUGUCAGUAAACCAAACAGCAUCAAGAGUAUGUUCAUGAACAGCAAUGUCAGAAAGCCUGCUGAGAAAGAUGUGGACCUGUCCAAAGAUGAUCUGCUAGGCGAUAUUCUACAAGACCUGCACUCUGAGAAACCAGUGCUUCUAACCCCACCACCAGUUAUUACUCUGAAGAAAAAGAAAGCGCUGGGAUCCCCCAUGAAUCCCUUUUCUGUUAAACAACAAACACCCAAGGUAGUUUUGCCGCGUCCCCCACCAGCUGAUCCUUCACCCGUUCCAGCCCCUAAACCAGCUCCUUCCGUCCAGACCAAAAGGCCCAAGGUGGAGGAGGAACCCGAGGAAGUUGCUGACUCUUUGGAGUUUGAUGAGGUGGACUUUGAUGAACCAAUGGAGCUUGGUGCUGAGGAACAAGAGGAAGUGGAAGUUAAAGUGAAGGCAGAGGCAGAGCCUGAGCCCAUUGUUAAAAUUGAGCCUAAAACUGAACCCCUUGAUGAGGUGUUGAAACUGGGCAUGAUGGGAGGCUCCUGUUGGGAGAAGAUGGAAGAGGAGGAAGUAGAGGAAGCUCCUGUGGAGGUACAGGUGGAUUCCAGCCAGCUCCCGCUAGUGGAGGGGCCUGAUGGAGAGAUGGUCUUCCGUUUCUACUGGCUGGAUGCUUUUGAGGACCAGUUCAGCCAACCUGGUGUGGUAUAUCUGUUCGGCAAGGUGUGGAUAGAGUUGGCCAAAGCCCAUGUCAGCUGUUGUGUGGCCGUGAAGAACAUCGAAAGGACUAUGUACUUCUUGCCACGAGAGCAUAGAGUAAACCUGGCAACUGGUGAGGAAACGGACACUCCUGUUGGGAUGAUGGACGUUUACCAAGAGUUUAACGACCUCUCUGAAAAGUUCAAAAUCAUGAAGUUCAAGUCUAAGAAAGUGGAGAAGAACUACGCCUUUGAGAUUCCAGACGUGCCAACACACUGUGAAUACCUAGAAGUCAGAUACUCUGCUGAGAUGCCCCAGUUGCCAUCUGAUCUAAAGGGCUCCACUUUCUCCCAUGUGUUUGGCACCAACACUUCGAGCCUGGAGCACCUUCUCCUCAGCAGGAAAAUCCGCGGGCCUUGCUGGCUUGACAUUAAGACCCCUACGCUGAGCAGUCAGCCUAUGAGCUGGUGUAAGGUGGAGGCCAUUGCUCUGAAAAGCGACCUUAUUUCAGUGGUAAAAGAUCUACCUCCUCCUCCACUGGUGGUCAUGUCCAUCAGCCUGAAGACUGUUCAGAACCCAAAGACCCACCACAACGAGAUUGUGUCCUUGGCUGCUCUUAUUCAUUACAAGUUUCCCCUGGAUAAAGCUCCUCCACGCAUCCCUUAUCAGACCCAUUUCUGUGUGGUGAGCAAGCCCAAUGACUGUAUCUACCCCUAUGACUUCAAGGAUGCUGUCAGGAAAAAGAAUGGAGUAGUAGAGAUUGCAGCGACGGAACGCACUCUUUUAGGCUUCUUCUUAGCCAAGAUGCACAAAAUAGAUCCUGAUGUUUUAGUGGGUCAUGAUAUCUUGGGAUUCGACCUUGAAGUUCUGCUGCAGAGAAUUAAUGUGUGCAAAGUGCCUUUUUGGUCCAAAAUUGGGCGACUGAGGAGAGCCAACAUGCCAAAGCUUGGGGGUCGUGGUGGCUUUGCAGAGAAGAGCGCCGCUUGUGGCCGGCUGGUGUGUGAUGUGGAGAUCUCUGCUAAGGAGCUGAUCCGCUGUAAGAGCUACCACCUGACAGAGCUAGCAGCCCAGAUCCUGAAGACGGAGAGGGCUGUGGUGUCUCCAGAGAACAUCAGGAACUUCUACAGUGACUCUCCUCACUUGCUCUACCUGUUGGAACUAACGUGGAUGGACGCCAAACUCAUCCUGCAGAUCAUGUGUGAGCUUAAUGUGCUUCCGCUGGCGCUGCAGAUCACCAAUAUUGCUGGCAAUGUUAUGUCCCGCACACUGAUGGGUGGCCGCUCAGAGAGGAACGAGUACCUGCUGCUCCAUGCCUUCCAUGAGAAGAACUACAUAGUUCCAGACAAGCACUUCUUCAAGAAACCUCAGCAGGACCCUGGGGAGGAUGAGGAUGUGGAUGUGGGCAAAAACAAGUCUGGUAAAGUGAGAAAGAAGGCUGCAUAUGCUGGAGGUCUGGUAUUGGACCCUAAAGUUGGUUUCUAUGAUAAAUUCAUUCUGCUGCUGGACUUUAACAGUCUAUAUCCCUCCAUUAUCCAAGAGUUCAACAUCUGCUUCACCACAGUUCAGAGAGAGGCUCCUGGCUCCCGCAAAAAGACUGAGGAGGAUGACGUUGAUGAGGUUCCGGAGCUUCCUGACCCAGAUCUCGAGAUGGGCGUUCUUCCUAAAGAAAUCCGCAAGCUGGUGGAGCGCAGGCGGCAGGUCAAACAGCUGAUGAAGCAGGCUGAUUUAAACCCUGACUUGUACCUGCAGUAUGACAUUCGACAGAAGGCCCUGAAGCUGACUGCUAACAGCAUGUAUGGAUGUCUGGGCUUCUCAUACAGUCGGUUCUAUGCCAAACCUCUGGCUGCACUGGUCACUCACAAAGGCAGAGAGAUCCUAAUGCACACCAAAGACAUGGUACAGAAGAUGAAUCUGGAUGUUAUCUACGGUGACACUGACUCCAUCAUGAUCAACACCAACAGCUCUAAUCUGGAGGAGGUCAUGAAACUGGGCAACAAGGUGAAAAGUGAGGUGAAUAAGCUGUAUAAGCUUCUGGAGAUAGACAUUGAUGGCGUCUUUAAGUCUCUGCUGUUGCUGAAGAAGAAAAAGUAUGCUGCGCUGACGGUGGAGCAGCUGGGAGAUGGCCGCUACACCACCAAGCAGGAGUUCAAAGGCCUGGACAUCGUGCGCAGGGACUGGUGUGACCUCGCCAAGGAGUGUGGCAACUACGUGAUUGGUCAGAUUCUGUCAGACCAGAAUCGGGACACCAUACUGGAGAACAUCCAGCAGCACCUUAUAGAGGUGGGGGAGAAGGUGGCCAGUGGCAGCAUCCCAAUAAACAUGUUUGAGAUCCACAAGGCCCUGACGAAGGAUCCACAGGACUACCCAGAUAAGAAGAGUCUCCCUCAUGUGCAUGUGGCCCUGUGGAUCAACUCUCAAGGAGGAAGGAAGGUUAAAGCAGGCGAUACCAUAUCCUACGUCAUCUGUCAGGACGGUUCGAACCUUGGGGCCAGCCAGAGGGCCUAUGCUCCAGAACAGCUCCAGAAGCAGCCCGGACUGACCCUGGACACCCAGUACUACCUCUCCCAGCAGGUGCAUCCUGUGGUGGGCCGCAUCUGUGAGCCCAUCGAAGGCAUUGAUGGUGUGCUGAUUGCCACGUGGUUAGGGCUGGAUCCAGGGCAGUUCCGGGCUCAGCAGCGGCAGCAGCGAGAGGAGGAAGCUGAUGGUCUCCUUGGCGUCCCGCCACAGCUCACAGAUGAAGAACGCUACCGGGACUGUGAGAGGUUCUCCUUCUCCUGCCCUGACUGCGGCACAGAAAACAUCUAUGACAGUGUCUUCGAGGGAGCGGGGAGCGUUACGGAGCCCAGUUUGAAGCGCUGCUGUCACAUCCCUUGUGGUGGAAGCCCCUUGGAACAUCCUGUUCAAAUCAGCAACAAGCUGCUGCUGGACAUCCGGCGGCACAUCCGCAAGUUCUACAGCGGUUGGCUACUGUGUGAGGACCAAGCCUGUCAGAACCGAACUCGUCGUCUGCCGGUGGCGUUCACCCGUUCAGGCCCUAUAUGUCCACUCUGCUGCAAGUCCACUCUCAAGCCAGAGUAUUCUGAGAAGGCCCUGUACAACCAGCUGAGCUUCUACAGGUUCAUCUUUGAUUGGGACUACGCCGUGACCAAGGGAGACGACAAACAGAAGUUUAAGAGUGGCUGGAACAAGGAGAGAGAGGUGUACAAGAAGCUGAAGGGGGUAGUGGACCGUGUCCUGGUGUCCAGCAGCUACUCCGAAGUCAACCUGUCUAAGCUCUUCCAGGCCUUUACAACACUGAAGUAA